UUUAAGUUAAAUAAGAAUUCUGAAAACCCUAAUCAUUCGGCUGCACCAUUCAAACACAAACACAAACACAAACAACAAACAAAAUCUCAAUUUCUUUUUUUUUGUUUUAAAAGAGAAAGAAAUCCGAAAGCAGAAGAAAACAAACUCUGCGAAAAAGGUUGGUAGAAUCUUGUUGGUAUUUUAAUUUAGCCAUCAUGAGAUUCAAGGCAGGUAUGAAAGUGGAGGUAUUAAGCAAAACGGAGGUUGCAACGGGUUCUUGGCUUUGUGCCGAGAUAAUCUCUGGGAAUGGGCACACGUACAGUGUGAAGUAUGGCUGGUUUCCAAUGAAUAAUGAUGCAGAGGCAGUUGUGGAGAGGGUGCCUAGGAAGGCAAUUAGGCCUUGUUCGCCACCGAUGGCGGGGGAUGAUCAUUGGGUCCCUGGGGAUCUUGUUGAAGUGUUCCACAAUUCUGCUUGGAAGACAGCAAUAGUAAUGGAAGUUAUGGGUGAUAAAAGCUUUCUUGUUAGGUCACUUGGAUUGUGUGGAGAAUUCAUUGUCCAUAAAUCUCAUUUAAGAGUUCGACAGUGCUGGCAAGAUGGCAGAUGGAUUGUCAUGAGGAAGGGUUUGGAGAAUUAUGUUGUGCCUAUGGGAAAAGGACUACCGGAUACAGGGAUACACCUGUCUGCAGACAAUGAUUGCUUUCCAGUGGAGAAAAGUUUUGACGUGCGAAGGUGCCCUAUGGUUUCCUCUAGAACAUUGAAGAGAAGGUCAACAUUUGGCAGUGAUCUUGAAACAUAUCCAGUUACUGCUCAAAAGAAGAGACUGAUUGAAAAAAAUGGUAUUCAUGAACAAAUUUGUUCAGCUUAUCCAUCUCCUACUUUUGAAAAGGUAGACACGCUUUUUUAUCCAAAUGAAAUAUUGGGUGAGAAUUAUGUGCACUCUUCCUUUCAUGUUGGAAAAGUUGAGCUCUCUAAAAUGGAUGUAGGUAGGAAUAAUGAUGGUAGUCUUGUAGAAUCCUCAAUAUCUGUUGACACUGAUAGUUGUAUGUCCUCCGUUGGUAGUUGUAGUGCUGUAGGCAGCUAUGGUCACAAUCUGCCUUGUCCAAACCUAUGUGAUAAAAAUUUAGAGGAUUUGCAUAGUGAUGCUGAAUCAUCAAAUGGAUCAGAAUAUGAGAUAAAAGAUUCCCCAUCUUAUGAUGGGAAAUUUGGAGUUGAAGUGCAUAGGUCAAAAUUAGAUGCCUAUUGUUCUACUGUUGAGGCAUUGUAUAGUGCAGGGCCUUUGAGUUGGGAAGAUGAAGAAAAUUUGACAAGCCUACGUGAUGAGCUCCACAUUUCAGAUGAUGAACACUUGAUGGUGUUAAGAAAUUUGACAUCUGUUAAUAGUAGGAUUGUUAGUAGGUGAUUUUAGGAUUUUGUCCAUCACCAAAACAUUAUACUGUAACUUUUCUUUGACAAUGCGUUGUAGAGUCCAUGGAUAAGAUGUGUAGCUGCUCGACAUGUAUAUCUUUUCUGGUUAUUUUGCAAUGCCUCCCUCCCCUUCCCUUUUUUUUUGUUUUUUUUUGUAUCCAGUUCUCUGAACCAGAACUGUCACUCAAGGAAUUGUUUAUAUUUGAUCUUUUUCAAUUUUUUAGGCAACAACGAACUUGAAAUUGACUAGAGUUUUAUUGGAAGUAAACUGAGACUUUUUGUUCUUGAACAGGGUAAUUUUGAGUGGGUUAUUCAAUUAUUGAAAACAUGGUACAAAAAUCUGUCAUUGUCUGAACAUGUGUGGGAAGAAGAUUUUUUUGUCUUUUGCGUUGUGAAUGUAUAUAUUCUCUACAACUUUUCUGAAAGAUCAUUCACAUCCAUGUAUUUUCCAGCAGCACAUGGAUUUUGAGUUGACUAAUAUGCUGAUGCUAUGUCGGAACGGCUCAUGGCCAAUAUUGAGGGGUUGCAUUCCUUGUUUCUAAAAGUCUCAAGAUGAUGAUGCAUAAAGUUUACUGCCAUGCUUGGUAGGCUAUGGGGCAAUAUCUACACCUGAUUCCUGACUGGCUCAUGUCUGGCUGACUUGGCCAUGGGUGUGAGUUUUUGAUUAACUUUUUAAUGCUUGAUCAUAACUAGCCAUCUUUUUCAUAAUUUUGUUUUCUCCUCUCUAAAUGGGUUUUUUUGAUUGAAAUUUUAAAAUAUAAGGUCAACUUUGAUCAGUUAAUUCUACCAAAUUUCAGGUGGUCAAUGUCCAAGGGUAAGUGAAAGUCCUUUCCUCCUUAAUAAAUGCAGUGAUCUAUACGAGGUUGUUUGUGUGUUCACAGAUAUUUUGGAUUUCAGGUGUUCUUCUGUUGAAGAAAAUAUCUAAUACCAACAAAUUGAUUUUGUUAAUGUGGUCAUUUAUGGUUGUUCGAGCGUAAGUGGCCUUGAUUGAUAAUCAGGUGAAACUAUUAUGCAGAUUGUUGUGGGAGAGUGAUUUUAUUGGAAAUUUUUCAUAGUGUUGUCAUUGAAAUUUAAUGUUUCAGGAUGAUUAAAUCUUUUAAAUGACUUAAUAGUCUUGUUUUAAUGGGUGAAAGAACUCACUUACCAGAACAGAACCUUUCUGAAAGGAUCGUUAUUUCUUAUUUCUUAGAAAGUCCUUCAAGUGCAAAGUUCAACACACAAUAUAAAUGAAGCUGUUUGAUGUGGCAUUUCCUUGCCAAUUGCCUAUAAUUCAAGUGCAAAGUUCAACACACAAUAUAAAUGAAGCUGUUUGAUGUGGCAUUUCCUUGCCAAUUGCCUAUAAUGUGGUGCGUUGACGACAUUUCUUAACUUGAAACAAAUCAUAGUUCAGGAAUAUGCAUUCUGUGCUUGCUUUAUAAAUGAAGCGAUACUUUAUUGCAUCACAUUGCUCUAGAAUUCCAUGACUCAACAAAUUAUUAUAAGUUGCUGUUGAUUUUAUGCAUCCUCUGAUGGAGGUUGGGGUAUUAGCUAGUAGCAACAUUCAUAAUAUGUCCUGACAUGCUAUGUCCAUGUUCAUUUGUAUGACGAACAAGUAUUCGAUGUAGAUGGAUGUUGCCAUGGUUAAGGGAAAUCAUGCCCGUCAUUGCCUCUGGUAAUUCCUUUAAUGUGGCAUGUCUGAAAGUUGAUUAGUAAAGCCAUUACUUAUUAAAGUUCAUGUUUGUUUGCAUGACAAACAAGGAUUCAUUGAAGAUGGAUGUAGCUGUGGUCGAAGGAAAUCAUGCCUUGCCUCCGGUGGUUCCUUUGAUAUGGUGUUUCUGUAAGUUGAUUAGUAAUGCUAUUACCUCUUCAACUUCUGUUUUCUGGAGUCAAGUUUCUAUUUAUGGUUUCCCAUAUUGGCGUCGUGUUGUGGUGUUAAUGGGGAUGCCGAAAGCAAGGUUUUGCAGCCCUUGUGAUGUAAACUUUGGAAGCAGCUCAAUAGAUAUUCAAAAUCUUGAGAAUUAUCAACUUUCAAUUCUUUGUAAAAUCUAAACUGCAAUGCCACUCACAUGGCUAUAAAUAACCAUGUCAUGAUAUAGAUUGAAUCAUUGGAUA